AUGAAAAUUGAAAAUCAUUCAAAAAGAAUAAUAGCUUUUUCUCUAUUGUUAUUUUUGGCUACCCAAAUAAAUUUAGCUAAAACUUGUAAAACUUGUAAUGAAAAUAAAAAAAACUGUGAAGAUUAUAGGAUUUUAGAUGAUUUAGUGCACCAAAUUAACAGAAUAGAAAUAAUUAUUUCAUCUCAAUCUCCAACAAAUGAAGGAGUUACAAAUAUUGAAGGCUUCAUUCCAUUGGUUACACCAUUGGCUGAGAAUGCUUAUGAAUUGAAUUCAGUAUUUAAAACUUUACAAUCUUUAUUUUCAAGAUAUUCUGAUGAUAAUGAUGAUGGUGGUGGUGGUAUAGGUAGAAAACAACUCAAUUUAGAUAGUAUCUUUAUAUUUUAUCAAAUUCAGUCGUACUUUUAUACAGAUAGAUCUGAAACUUUUAAAAUUUUUAGAAAUACUUUACAACAAAUUGAAAUUAAUAUUUCAAAUCAAUGGGAUAUCAUUAAUGAAAUGUCAAAUUCUCUAAAUUCAAAUUUAAAUUUCUCAACACUUAGAAGGCAAUUAUUAACAAGAUCUAUUGAACUAUUUGGAAGAAUUUUACAGUCAUUAGGUAAUAUAGUUGGUAUUAUUUCAAAUAUUUUAACCAUUCAGAGAAUGUCUACAGUAACAACAACGACAACUACUACAACUACAACUACAACCACAACAACACCAACACCACCGAACCAAUCAUCUCUUGAGUCAUUAUUAGGCUUGAUUUAUAAUAAUAAUAAUAAUAAUAAUCCAACAACACCAGGUUCACAAUAUUCAAUCCAAAAUAAUACUUUUUAUAAUAAUAAUAAUAAUAAUAAUAAUAAUAAUAAUAAUAAUAAUAAUAAUAAUAAUAAUAAUAAUAAUAAUAAUAAUAAUAAUAAUAGUAGUAAUAAUAAUAGUAGUAAUAACAAUAAUAGUAAUAAUAAUAAUUAA